UUGUAUUACCCACUACUCAUAUCUCCUCAUAUUCCCUUCCAUUUCUUACCUUCCUUAUUAGCCUUAUUUUAUUAUUACUUACCUAUCCUACUUACUUACUCAAUUAAUUCACUCAUCUUAUUUUAUUAUUACACCUACCUUACUAUUUCUUAUUCCACUAUACUUAUUACCUACCCUACUUACCUUAUUUAUUCUCUGUCUUUCCAUAUCACUCUUACCUUCUUAUUACUUCCUUACCUUAUUAUCUCUCUUAUUACCUAUAUUACUACCCUUAUUAUCUCUCUUAUCAUCUAUAUUCCCUUAUCAUCUCUCAUAUCACCUAUAUUCCCUUAUCAUUACUUAGUUCCUCUCUUAUUACUUUCUUACCUUCUUACUACUCUACCUAUAUUACCCUCUUAUCACUUCCUUACCCUUACUUACUUAUUAUCUCUCACUUUACUCUUUUUCCUUAUUCUCCCUACUUAUCUAUUAUACUACUUAGUUAUACUCGUCUUAUUACUUAGUUUAUUUCUUAACUAG